CAUUGUACACUCCGCUUUAAAUUGGCUCAGUAUUGCUUCAGCUUAUUUUGCGCCCGAGUGUAGUUACGACUCCACGGAACCGUGUGCACUCUCGUCGACCUUCGUGGCCCGUUUUGAUUUAAACAAACACAUGUGUUAGCAACUAUCAGUUUGAUUUGAGACACGUUCGAGUAAUUUACUAUUACUAAACAAUUUAUUAUAUACAGUCUUACAAAUGAUGGCAGCUGUUAACGGUGUUAAUGGAGUGAUCAGUGAAAACGGUGUCACUAACGAAAUCAAAGCAUCAGCCCUAGACCUCAUCGGCGAAACUCCGAUUGUCGCUCUUGACAGAUUGUACCCGGGUCCUGGUCGUAUUCUGGCAAAAUGCGAGUUUAUGAAUCCGGGCGCGUCAAUUAAAUGCCGCUCAUCAUUGUACAUGAUACGGAAGGCGCUAGAAAGCGGACAGCUAAAACCCGGCGGAUCCGUCCUGGAAGUGACUUCUGGUAACCAAGGCUGCGGACUUGCGGUAGUAUGCGCUGUGCUCGGUCAUCCUCUUACACUCACCAUGUCCAAAGGUAACAGUGCUCAACGAGCGAUACAUAUGGAAGCCUUGGGCGCAAAGUGCGUCCGGGUUCCUCAAGUGGAAGGCACAUACGGUAAUGUCACUUUAGCUGAUGUCAAACAAGCCGAAGCAGAGGGGAUGAGGCUAGUCGAUGAGCUCGGAGCCUACUUUGUAAACCAGUUUAAUAAUGAAGCUAAUGCAGAUGCACAUUACGCGACGACGGGACCUGAAAUUUGGCGGCAAACAGGACACCACGUAGAUGUUUUCGUAGCUACCGUAGGAACCGCCGGUACAUUCACGGGCACCUCAAAGUAUUUGAAAGAAAAGAAUCCAAAUUUACUAUCUUUUGUAGUGGAACCAGCCGGCUCGGAGCCUAUCAAAGGAAAGGAAAUCACGAAACCAUUGCAUUUACUUCAAGGAUCUGGUUACGGGUGUGUACCAAAUCUCUUUAAAUUUGACUAUAUGGAUGGCACAGUUAGCGUUACAGACGAAGAGGUCAUAAAGUACAAGAACUUAAUUGGUGAGAAAGAAGGUUUGUACGUCGGUUACACGAGUGGUGCUAACGUGGCCGCCGCUGUGCAUCUUCUGCAGUCAGGAAAGGUACCAAAAGACGCGUGGGUGGUGACUACGUUAAACGACACAGGAUUAAAAUAUACCCCUGUACCCGCUGAAUGUGUAUAGAGGUUUGAAGGACAGAUUAUACGGUUUAAUACUAAUUUAAUCAAUAGAGUAUAUUAUUAUAAUUAUAAAAUGUUAUUUAUUAUUAUUCCAGUAAUGUUU